AUGGGAACCUUAUGGAGUUGCAUCGCUCAUAUAAUUACGGCUGUUAUCGGCUCUGGUGUUCUGUCUUUGGCUUGGAGUGUCGCUCAGCUUGGAUGGAUAGCAGGUCCAGUUGCAAUGUUUUGCUUUGCUGUUGUCACCUAUGUCUCUGUUGUGCUCCUUUCUGAUUGCUACAGAUAUCCUGACCCUGUCAUCGGAACUCGGAACUACUCUUACAUGGAUGCUGUUAGAGUGAAUCUUGGUAAAACCCAGACAUGCCUUUGCGGUUUGCUUCAAUAUCUGUUCAUGUGCGGGAUUGGUACUGCAUUUGUCAUUACCGCUUCGACUAGUAUGAGCGCAAUUCAAGGAUCAAAUUGUUACCACGAAAGAGGCCAUAAUGCACGAUGCGAAUGUGAGGACACUCUGUAUAUGUUGAUAUUCGGAGCUGUUCAGAUUGUCAAGUCACAGAUACCAGAUUUCCAUGGCAUAGAAUGGCUUUCAGUUAUUGCUGCAAUCAUGUCUUUUGCCUACUCUUUUACAGGAUUUGGACUUGGCUAUGCUACAGUAAUAGAAAAUGAGAUGAUCAAGGGUAGCAUUGCAGGCGUCCCAGCUUCUACUGGAACUAAAAAACUAUGGUUAGCCUUCGAAGCUCUCGGGGACAUUGCUUUUGCCUAUCCAUAUGCACUCAUUCUUCUUGAAAUUCAGGAUACUUUGAAGUCGCCUCCACCUGAGAACAAGACCAUGAAGAAGGCAUCGAUGAUUGCAAUCUUCUUGACAACGUUCUUUUACCUCUGCUGUGGAUGCUUUGGAUAUGCAGCUUUUGGCAACAACACACCCGGAAAUCUUUUGACAGGAUUUGGAUUUUAUGAGCCUUACUGGCUUAUCGACUUUGCUAAUGCUUGCGUUGUUCUACAUUUGGUGGGAGGCUAUCAGCUCUACAAUCAGCCAGUGUUCGCAUUUGUAGAACGUUGGUUCUUGAAGAAGUUCCCGAGCAGCGAAUUUGUGAACAAUUUCUACGACAUCAAACUCCCAUUGCUGCCUUCUUUUCACAUCAAUCUGUUCAGGAUAUGUUUUCGAACUGCAUAUGUUGUGUCAACUACCGCGAUUGCUGCUGUUUUUCCUUAUUUCAACCAAGUCUUGGGACUGCUAGGGGCCUUAAACUUUUGGCUCUUAGCCAUAUAUUUCCCAGUAGAAAUGUAUUUAGUACAGAACAAAAUAGCGGCAUGGACAGGAAAUUGGAUUGUUCUCAGGACAUUUAGCUUUGGUUGCUUGCUUGUAUCGAUUGCAUGCUUAAUUGGGUCAAUUGAAGGAAUCGUAAGUUUGGCCCUUUUGUGGGAGAAGAAAAGAAGUGCAUGCAAGGGCUGCUUUGAAGGAGAAGGGAACGACGGAGACAUGUAUGCAGGACGAAUGUUUAUGUUCAUCCUUGUCCUUUGCUUCUCCUUUAAAGUUCAUCUUUUUGUCCUUAAUUUUGUUUGA